AUGAGUCUACCAAUGAGUAAAAAAGAUAAAGAUGUGGAUCUCAUGUGUGACGACAUACACAAAACCAAAGCCAAUGCAUGCGCUGAUAAACUUUGGUUUGUUGGCCAUCGGUCGAGAAAAUACCCGGAAAAUGAACCGGAAUUAGAAAAACAUUGUAAAGAAACGGCUAAUUUGAUUAAAUGUGUUAAGGAUUACACAGAUGUUUGUGGUAAUGAAGUGCACAGACAGUUGGCUAAUGUGAUGCUCUAUACGGUUAAGACUUUAGACAGAAGUUAUUGCACUAAAUCAUCAAAAAAGACUGAAUUGAUGUCAUUCUCGGUUUGCGGAAAUCAUAUCAGAGAUCAAUCUAACAAAUGUAUGGAUCAAUUCAUGAUAGCACUCGGAAAGUCCAGCGCUUAUACAACCAAAUUAAAAGUGCCCCACGCGUGCUGUGCUUUCCAUAAUCUUAAGUCAUGUAUUAUGAGUUCCGCAUUCAAUGACAAUAAAUGCAAUGAGAAAACCGUCGAUUUAUACGAAAAAUAUAUUUCAUCGAUGGCUUCAAACACUGUGAAUAUGAUGUGCAGUGACUAUGAGGAAGAUUCGGAUAAAUGUCAACAUUUACCACAUUUGCCAAAAGGCACUAAAUAUUCAAAGGCUCUGUCGGUUAUUGACGGCUUCGGUAGUAUUCUAGACUAA